GGCACUCUCUCUGCCUACGUGGGAGAGAAGGCACGGUUGGGGGAAGUGUGGAAAACCUCCGGAGGCGCCGCCGCCGCCGCCAACGGAAGACUUGGUAGGAGGAGAAGUAGAGGGGUAAAGACAGGCUGGGUUGGGGGGAGGUAAGGAGGACAAAUAGGUCGCCGCUUCUGAGGCGGCACAAAGUUCUUCGAGAUGUGGCUGAAGCCCGAGGAAGUGUUGUUGAAAAAUGCGCUGAAGCUGUGGCUGAUGGAAAGAUCCAACGAGUACUUUGUCCUGCAAAGGCGGCGAGGCUACGGGGAAGAAGGCGGAGGAGGACUUACAGGUCUUUUGGUUGGGACUCUUGAUUCCGUCUUAGACUCUACUGCUAAGGUAGCUCCGUUUCGCAUCCUACACCAGACACCAGAUUCUCAAGUGUACUUGUCAAUUGCAUGUGGAGCCAACAGAGAAGAAAUAACAAAACAUUGGGACUGGUUGGAACAAAAUAUCAUGAAGACUUUAUCUGUGUUCGAUUCAAAUGAAGAUAUUACUAAUUUUGUACAAGGCAAAAUAAGAGGACUAAUUGCUGAAGAGGGAAAACAAUCUUUUGCUAAAGAAGAUGAUCCUGAGAAAUUUCGAGAAGCCCUUUUGAAAUUUGAAAAAUCUUUUGGUUUACCAGAGCAGGAGAAACUAGUAACUUAUUAUUCUUGCAGUUACUGGAGAGGACGGGUUCCUUGUCAGGGUUGGCUCUAUCUAAGUACCAACUUUCUGAGCUUCUAUUCUUUCUUGCUAGGAUCAGAAAUUAAACUCAUAAUCUCCUGGGAUGCAAUCUCAAAACUUGAAAAGACUUCAAGUGUUAUAGUAGCAGAGAGUAUUCACGUAUGUUCUCAAGGAGAGAACCACUAUUUCUCAAUGUUUUUACACAUCAAUGAAACCUACCUUCUUAUGGAACAGCUGACAAACUAUGCCAUAAAGAGACUUUUUGAUAAGGAAACAUUUGAUAAUGACCCAGUCCUUGAUGAUCCUCUACAGAUUACCAAAAGAGGUUUGGAAUAUCGAGCCCACAGUGAGCAAUUCAAAGCCUUUUUUAGGCUACCCAAAGAAGAAACUUUGAAAGAAGUACAUGAAUGUUUUUUAUGGGUACCAUUCAGCCACUUCAGUACUCAUGGAAAAAUGUGCAUUUCAGAAAACUAUAUUUGCUUUGCUAGCCAGGAUGGGAAUCUAUGUAGUGUUAUCAUUCCAUUACGAGAGGUUUUAGCUGUAGAUAAAACUGAUGACUCCAGCAGAUCCGUCAUCAUUAGCAUCAAAGGAAAAACAGCUUUUCGUUUCAAUGAGGUUAAAGACUUUGAGCAACUGGUGGCAAAGCUCAGGCUCAAGUGCCGGGCAGCUUCAACUCAAGAUGAUGGUAGCACAGAGGUUGCUAUUAGUUCUGACUCUACAGGCCUAUCUGAGAAUUUUGAGGAACAACCUUUGACAUUUCCGAAGGAAUGCAGUAAAACUGUGAACACUGAAGCCUUAAUGACAGUAUUUCACCCUCAAAAUUUGGAAAAUCUUGAUUCUAAAAUGUUAAAGGAAAAGAUGAAGGAACAAUCAUGGAACAUCUUAUUUUCAGAAUGUGGUCGUGGGGUUAGCAUGUUCCGGACAAAAAAGACUCGAGACCUGGUUGUAAGAGGGAUUCCAGAGACUUUAAGAGGGGAGCUCUGGAUGCUUUUCUCAGGUGCUGUUAAUGACAUGGCAGCUAACCCUGGCUAUUAUGCUGAAGUGGUUGAACAAUCCUUAGGGACCUCCAACCUGGCAACUGAAGAAAUUGAGCGUGAUUUGCGUCGCUCCCUGCCUGAACACCCAGCAUUUCAGAGUGAUACUGGCAUAUCUGCUCUGAGGCGGGUACUGACAGCUUAUGCAUAUAGGAAUCCCAAAAUAGGAUACUGCCAGGCAAUGAACAUUUUGACUUCAGUAUUGCUCCUAUAUGCAAAAGAAGAAGAAGCUUUUUGGCUUCUGGUUGCUGUAUGUGAACGAAUGUUGCCAGAUUAUUUUAAUCGUCGAAUCAUUGGUGCCUUGGUGGAUCAGGCAGUGUUUGAAGAACUAAUCAGGGAUCACCUUCCUCAGCUGACAGACCACAUGACCGACAUGACUUUCUUUUCCUCAGUUUCUCUCUCGUGGUUCCUCACGCUUUUCAUUAGUGUGCUUCCUAUUGAAAGUGCAGUGAAUGUGGUGGACUGUUUCUUCUAUGACGGAAUCAAAGCCAUUUUACAACUGGGAUUGGCAAUACUGGACUAUAAUUUAGACAAACUUCUGACAUGUAAAGAUGACGCUGAAGCUGUGACAGCACUAAACAGGUUCUUUGACAAUGUCAUUAAUAAGGAUAGCCCAUUGCCUUCAAAUGUUCAGCAGGGUUCAAAUAUCAAUGAUGGAAAAAGCAAUCAUGCUAAAGUGGAUAUUACAGAUUUGAUUAGAGAGUCCAAUGAGAAAUAUGGUAGUAUUCGCUAUGAAGAUAUACAUAGCAUGCGCUGUCGAAAUAGGUUGUAUGUGAUACAGACCCUGGAGGAAACAACAAAGCAGAAUGUGUUGCGUGUUGUAUCACAAGAUGUGAAAAUGAGCCUUCAGGAAUUGGAUGAACUUUAUGUCAUUUUUAAGAAAGAGCUGUUCAUAUCUUGUUAUUGGUAUUUGAGUUGUCCAGGACUGAAGCAUCAUGACCCCAGCCUGUCAUAUUUGGAACAAUAUCAGAUUGACUGCCAGCAAUUCAGAGUAUUGUUUCACUUGUUGUGUCCCUGGGCUCAUUCUGCAAACAGAGACUCUCUAGCUUUGUGGACAUUCAGAUUGUUGGAUGAGAACUCUGAUUGCCUUAUAAACUUCAAAGAAUUCUCCUCUGCAAUCGAUAUAAUGUACAAUGGAAGUUUUACUGAGAAGCUCAAGCUGCUUUUUAAGCUGCAUAUUCCUCCAGCUUAUACUGAAGUGAUAUCUAAGACUUCUUCAAAAGGUGAUGAGCUUUCAACAGAAGAAUUACUUUAUUUCAGUCAGCUCCAAGUUUCUAAGCCUGCAGAUGGGAAGGAAACAGAAUUGGGAAGAAAAAGCCCUGAGAAAGGCAAAGGAAAAAUUGAUAUUCAAGCCUAUUUAAGUCAAUGGCAAGAUGAACUUCUCAAAAAAGAAGAGAACAUUAAAGAUUUACCAAGAAUGAAUCAGUCACAAUUUAUUCAGUUUUCAAAGACCCUGUAUAAUUUAUUUCAUGAGGACCCCGAAGAAGAGGCGCUAUAUCAAGCCAUUGCUAUUGUAACCAACCUUCUUCUCAGGAUGGAAGAAGUUGGAAGGAAACUCCAUAGCCCGGCGUCAUCAGCCAAAGGACUGUCCAGUGUAGCCUGUGAUUCUGGACCCAGUGAGGGAAACACAGAGAGCAGUGUGAAGAAAGAUCCUUCCUCUCCCAGAGAAGAACAUCAGUGGUCCUUUGCAUUCGAGCAGAUUCUUGCUUCCCUGUUAAACGAACCGGCCCUGGUGAGGUUUUUUGAGAGACCCUUAGAUUUAAAAGCCAAGCUAGAAAAGGCGAAAAGCUCCCAGUUAAGGUCUAGAACCAAGAUGUAAAUCUCUGCCGUCCUCCGGUUUGCUAAGAUUCCUGUUCUAUCAGCCUGGCUCCUGGGAAUACUUCUCAGGAAUAGAUUGCAUUACCAAUGUGCUCCGGGGCAGAAGAGAAAGACACUCAGAAGCACAAUGGUUCAUUGCUUUGUAUUAAUUGCACUUUAAAAAAUUCUCCCACUCUAUGUCACAAGAUAAGCAUCAUCAGGGUCACAUGCUCCGUGGAACCACCAGAGGGCGCCACCAUAUCACUUUAGUGAGUCACUCACAAGUUUGUACUGCUGUUUCCAUGAGAUUACUGGUGUUUCAAAAGGUGAUGAUGUAUUUAUUUUAAUGCUGUCAUAGCAUAUUGGUAAGCUUUGUUUUUCAAAUCGCCCCAGUCCUAUAAAACCACCUUAGAAAACUGGACUUCAGAACUAUAGCCUUAAUUAUCUAGGAAGUUGCCUUUUAGGGCCCUGAUUCCCAAGUUCUAUAACUGAAAGAUUAACUUCUAAAAUGUAAUUUUAUUCAGGACAGUAAUACAUGGUUUUUAAAAUCAACUUCUUCAUUCUCUGUUCCUGAGGGAUUAAGCACUUGGAGGUUAACACUAUUAACUCUGUUGCUGAUAAUGCAAAUCAGGAAGUCUAAAUUCUGGGCUGAUAUAAAGAAAAACAACACUAGAUUUAGACUUAAAUCAGAUAAAGCCAGCAUUUUGAAAAACAAGAAAAGGUUAGGAGACAGUUCAGUUGACUAUCUAGCUCUUUCAGUUAGACUGAGAUAUAACUACAAAUUGUUUAUGGCUUUUGUUUCAGAAUAGCGUGUGAUUGCUUGUGUCCCAGCCUUAUGUUUUUAAUUUUCACUGGUUGUGUUUUAAUUUGUAGUAGGUAGUGCGGAACAGCUACACUAAGAUUGAAUUGCUGUACUAGUCUGGCAAGCAUGUGAAGUAUACUUCAUGUAAUACUCACUAAGGUACUAUGUGGAAUUGCCAGCACCUACCUUAAAAAGGUUCGACUUAGAUGUGCAAUUUUUACACACUUUAUGCUUCUUCUAUGGCGGUCCAUGUAAAUAUAUAUGGACUUUGAUAGCACUUUAAAAAGAACAAAACAAAAAACAAGCAAACCACGUGGACCUGUCCUAUCUUCUGCCAUUUUUAACGAAUACUUUAUUUAGCAGUUGUCCUGGGAAAUGGGGCAGGAACCAUCAUGUGGAGCUUGUGUCUCCACACUAGACUUUGAUUUCAAGCCGUUGCCUUGGCUAGAAGGAAAACAAUGAAAGGGUAGCCCUCCUUCAUGGUGACCAAAGUCUCCCUUUGUGGGAAGGAAUUGGUGUGGUCUGCCUUCCACGAGAACGUACCGUGAAUAAAACCGAGCCGUGUUGCCAUACUGCAUACUAUUUUCAAGGAAGUUAAGCACUUCUCACAUUUUGUCUUUGAAAAUUCCUGAGUUGGAUGUGGUCAAAUGCUGGUAGUGUCUUUAAGGUUUGAUUAUGCUGCCUUUUCAAGGAAAUAACUAUUUAAAAGAGAUAGUGUAAAACUAAGCCUUUCUGCCUCAAUUCAGAAAUGAUUAGCUAAAAUAUGUCCCCGUUUUCAAUUUUAGUUAAUAGUCUAUGUGAGAACCAUCACACAUCUGUCAUUAUGCAAUGAUUGUUAAAUUAUACGACAAUAGCUCUAGAAAAACAUAUGCUCCGUGCUUGUAUACAAAGACACUGUUAUACACACUUGGUUAAUAUUUUGUCAGUUGUAUUUACAACACAUACUUUCUUAAGAGAAUAUGUUGUUAAUUUUUGAUAUUAUUUUAGAGUCAAAAUUGUAAAGAUGACUGAAUAUUGUAUUUUAGUCUAGAUUAAUUAACUACUUAAAGAGAUUUUUGAGUUUCAAGAAGAUUAUAAAUGAAGGUUAGCAAGACAACAAUGUAUUUUCUGAGUCUCCAAGAGAAGUGAAACAUGUUAUAGUUUUGUAGCUGCUGCCUUGUUAAGCAAAUGAUUAUUAUGAGUCACAAUAUUCAAAAUAUUUUGUUGUGUCAAACUGGACCAGUGCACUAACGCCUUUUACAUUAAAUGUUAUAAGAUGACGUGUCUUUAUAAAGCUAAGUAUUAAAAAUCUAUUAUGUUAAAUAUGAACUGUUUAUUAAAAAGCCAAA